AUGCUGUCAAAGAUCAUUCAUUUGUUACUUCUAGGAGCUUCGGCGUUGGCUACUGCCAUUCCGAUGCACCUGGAACCCAGGCGAAGCACAAAUGACGCGGACAGGAUGGUCUUUUGCCAUUUCAUGAUCGGCAUCACCAGCAACCGCCAAAGUGCAGCUGACUAUGACGACGACAUGAAACGCGCUAAAGCACUGGGAAUUGAUGCAUUUGCGCUGAAUAUCGGGGUGGAUCCCUAUACUGACGCGCAGCUGAAACUUGCGUACGAGUCGGCGGGAAAAAACGACAUGAAAGUCUUUCUCUCGUUUGAUUUCAAUUGGUACAACAUUGGACAGGCGUCUGAGGUUGGCAAGAAGAUCCAGCAGUAUGCAAACGAAUCAGCUCAGCUCAAAAUCGACGGUAAGGUCUUUGCGUCUUCAUUUGCCGGCGACGGACUGGAACUUGAGAAGAUGAAAUCUGCCGCCGGUCAGGAAGUAUUCUUUGCCCCGAAUUUCCAUCCGGACAAGGGCCCUUUCGAUGCCAUUGACGGUGCACUGAACUGGAUGGCCUGGGACAACAAUGGCAAUAACAAGGCGCCGACACCGGGUAAUAAUAUUACAGUCCAAGAUGGUGACCGUGCAUACGUCGAUGCGUUGAAAGGAAAACCUUAUAUUGCACCCGCAUCCGGAUGGUUCUUUACCCAUUUCGGAGGUGAGGUGUCCUAUAGCAAGAACUGGGCAUUUCCUGGUGACCUUCUGUGGUUCAACCGGUGGAAUCAAAUCUUGGAUCUUGGCCCUCGCUUCGUAGAGGUUGUUACCUGGAAUGACUAUGGCGAGUCGCAUUACAUUGGGCCGCUGGCAUCCCCUCACACUGACGAUGGUGCGUCCAAAUGGGUCAUGGAUAUGCCACACGGCGGCUGGCUCGAAAUGUCGAAGCCAUUCAUCGCUGCCUACAAGGCGGGCGACAAGUCCGUCAACAAAUAUAUCAAAGAUGAGAAGUUGGUCUACUGGUACCGACCCACACCGAGAGAUGUAAGUUGCGACGACACGGACUCAACAAUGCACGGGAGCCCCAACAAUUCGAGCGGCAAUUUCUUCCGUGGUCGGCCAAACGGCUUCGAGUCCUUGCAGGACGAAGUGUUUGUGGUGUCGCUGCUCAAGUCACCGGCUACGGUCGAGGUCACCUCGGGGAAAAACAACCAGAAAUUUGAAGCCAAAGCGGGUGCCAGCGCCUUCAGGGUUCCCAUGGGGGUUGGACAGCAGAAGUUUUCGAUUGCGCGCGACGGCAAAACGGUUGUGGGAGACACAAGCUUGAAGGACAUUGUUGAUAAGUGCAUUUGCGGCAUUUACAACUUCAAUGCCUAUGUUGGUGUUGUUCCACCGGAGAAGACCAUCGACAAACUCCAGCCAGCGGGACUUCAACAGCUCCAGCAGGGGUUGAAUGCCCCAUGUCCUACCAAUACUCUGGGUGGGAACCAGCCCCGUGCGACCUAG